CCGUUCCGGCCCUCACCGUUCCCCUUCCCCCCAUCCCGCUCUUUUUUCUUUUUCUUUUUUUAUUUUUUUCAAUUUUAUUUUCACCGUUUCCCCGCGAUUUUCCCCCAUUUCUUCCCUCCCUCCCUCCCCUUCGCCAUGUCCGAGUCGCUGGGCUGGUGCGUGGAGGCCGUGAGGGCCGCGGAGGAGCCGGCGCUGUCGCGGGCGCUGCUGGCGCUGCGAGGCCGCCACACGCGGCGGGCCGGGGGCCCCGCUCGGAUCCGGGAGCGCGGAGGCCUCGGGCCGCUGCUGGAGCUCGUGGGGCCCGAGAAGCCCCGGCGGAUCCUGGAGCUGGCGCUGAGCGUGAUCGGGAAUUGCUGCACCGAGCGCGGCUGCCGGCGCCAGGCCCGGAGCCUCGGAGGGAUCCCGCGCUUGGUGUCCGUGCUGGCACUGACCUCUGCCCCCGAGAGCGUCCGGAAUCGCGCCGCCCGAGCUUUGGCCAACCUGGCCCUGGAGCCCGACGGAGCCCGAGACGUGCUGGAGGCCGGCGCCGCCCCCCUGCUGAUCUCGCUCACCUCCACCUGCAGCACCCCCGGCUGCCUCCUGAGCGCCGCCCGCGCCCUCCGCAUCCUCGGCGCCCCCCAAAACCAACGGGAACGGCCCCAAAACCAACGGGAACGACCCCAAAACCAACGGGAACAACCCCAAAACCAACGGGAACGACCCCAAAACCAACGGGAACGGCCCCAAAACCAACGGGAACGACCCCAAAACCAACGGGAACGACCCCAAAACCGGCCUCCCCUCUCCCCCCAGAGCCGCCUGCAGGCCGCCCAGGCCCUGGCCGGACGUUUGGCCGCUCUGGACCGCGCUGACCCCUCGUGUCCGGCGCUGGCCCGAGCCCUGCGGGGGCUGCUGGCGGUCACUCCGUGCCCGGUGGCCGUGGCCGAGGCCGUGCGGCCGGCCCUGCGCGUUUUGGCCGCUUUGGCCGCCCAGGAGCGGCCGCGGUGGCCGGAGGGGCGAGGGGCGGCGCUGGACACGCUGGCCAUGGUCAGUGCCCGCGGCUGGCUGCGGCCGGAGCUGGGAGCGGCCGGAGCCGUGGAGGCGGCCGUGGCUGCGAUUGGGUGA